GUCAGAAGAGAAAGACGUUCCAAGUCGUUGCUGCACAGAUCUCCAGCAUUAGGUCCUUUGCUCACUUGUUUGCAGGGGAUUUCAAGGACUUAACUGGGAGUAACAAGUGCCUACUGUAGACAUUGUUAGUGUCAUUUGUCUGCUUAUGGACUACAAAGACACAGUGUGAACUGUAGCCUGCACCAAGAGACCUAACAAAGACAAAGAUGCAAGUUAGAUCUCCUCAUGUGGAAAUGAUUCAUUGAAGCUCACUGAAAAGACCCUUGGAAAACACAGAUCCGACAUCUUUGAAUAUUAGUACAACUGCCUUGUAACAGGUGGUAGCCUUUUUUUUUCCUGACAAGAAUCAGAGAAAGUGUUCCCAAAGGCUCGGAUGCAUUUGUCAAUGGAUACCCUUGGAAUAGUGGACGAUACCGGACAUGGGAUAGUAGACAACUAUGACAUGGCUAAAGGUCCCGGGUCGAGCAAUGGAGGCAGGGUCCACAGCAUCGAUGUCAUUCUGGGAUUCACUAAAGACCAGGAAUCUUUGCUCCAUUCAGUAGAAAGUAGCAUCAGCCCAAAAGUCAAUGGAGCAAACCUCCAGGAUCCUGAAAAGCAGGUCUCCUCAGACCCCUACGGGCACCUUUCAGAACUUGGUGACAGCUCCCAGCAUCCUUCCUACCAUGAAUCGGACCUUUUCUCCAGUGACAAGUGUGAUGAUGAAAUGGGCAACCUGCACAAGGAGGUGGACGCUGCCGAGGGCUCUCCUGAGCCGACUAAAGAAGAAGAGCACACUAAAAAGAAACACAGGAGAAAUCGGACCACCUUCACCACUUAUCAGCUGCACGAGCUGGAGCGAGCCUUUGAGAAAUCCCACUACCCGGACGUCUACAGUCGUGAGGAGCUGGCCAUGAAGGUCAACCUGCCUGAGGUUCGAGUUCAGGUGUGGUUCCAAAAUCGAAGGGCCAAGUGGAGACGUCAAGAAAAAAUGGACACCAGCACCAUGAAGCUGCAUGACUCCCCCAUGCUGUCAUUUAAUCGCCCCCCUAUGCCUCCUAAAGUGGGGCCCGUGGCCAACCCCAUGCCUCUAGAUCCCUGGCUAAGCUCGCCCAUUUCAAGUGCCACGCCCAUGCACAGCAUCCCGGGCUUCAUGGGCUCGCCGCAGGCCCUGCAGCCUACUUAUUCAAGCCAUAGCUUCCUUAAUAGCGCACCUGGGAUGGUCCAAAGUAUGCAGCCCAUGGGCCCACCUCCCUAUCAGUGCGCGCCCAGCUUCAACGAUAAAUAUCCCAUGGAGGACGACCGGAGCUCCAGCAUCGCAGCACUCAGGAUGAAGGCUAAAGAACACAUUCAGUCCAUGGAUAAAACCUGGCAGCACAUGUGAAGUCGUAGAUUAAUAUGACUGGGUUUACUAAAGUGAAAGUUUACAAUCUGAUGUUUGUGUUGUUUCGUGUCAGACUGAAGGGGACUAAAGAUACCAAAGAUGUAAAAAAAAGAACUGUGCAACGCUCAUUUUUGAUAAACUGUUUUUAGCCUCAAGAAACUUGAUAUUAUGUAUAGAGCUCUUUUUUUAAAUUGUUUUUAGCUCCUAAUGUUUAGUGGCACUCCUGAUGUAAACAAACGUGACAAGUUUGUAUUUUGCAGUGAAUUUAGAUUUCAUCAUAACCUGGUAAACACACGAUAGAAGCUUUAGAGCCAUCUCAUCAGAGGUAGCCAUGUUUUUGUGACAGACUAAUAUCUCAUUGACAAAAUGACAAAAUUACAAGUUGACUGUCUUAACGUUGUGCUUUUUUUUGACUGUUUUUGGUGGUAAAAUGUAUGUUUCAAACACUUUAUACAGAUGACUGUGAUGAUGUCUUCCUCACCAAUAAAUUUUGGUUUGAAGGUUUUAUAUCUA